GUAGAGAGUGUGAUGUGCAGGCCUGGCGCCCAUAAAAAAAGUCGAGGCCGAAAUCUUGGCGGCGCUGCGUGACGUAAAUUUCUAAGCAUGUGAAUGACUGCGCCGUUUCAAUACACAUCUUUCCUCUUCCACCAACUCUUCAACAUCCUCUGAGGACCUCCAAACUCGAGAAAAUGGUUCUCGCAAAGUCGAAAAACGCCGUCGGGCUCGGCAACAGCCUCAUGAACGACCGCUUCAAAUCGGGCAACAGUAACAUGCACAAGAGCAGCGCAUCGAAGCAAGCGGAGAUUACACGCAAAGAUCAAUUUGGAAACUCCUACAUCACCCCGGGCAAGAAGGAAGCCGAAUGGACGAAACUGCGCUCUGUCACCGAGCAAGACAGCCUCAAUGAAUUCCUCUCCACCGCCGAGCUGGCGGGCACCGAUUUCACCGCCGAGAAGAUGAACAAUAUCCGCAUCAUCCAUCGCGACCAGAAGAAUCCCUACCUCCUCAGCAGAGACGAAGAGAGGGGAGUGAUGCGGAAGCAGAAUGCGAAGCGUGCACGCUUGACUGUGCCCCGCCGUCCGGCAUGGGAUGAGCGCACCAGCAAGGACGAGUUGGAUCACCGGGAACGCGAGAGCUUGCUGGAGUGGCGGCGCGGACUGGCGGAGUUGCAGGAGAACGACGAUCUGCUCAUGACGCCGUUCGAGCGCAAUCUGGAGGUGUGGAGGCAACUGUGGCGCGUGAUUGAACGAUGCGACUUGGUGGUGCAGAUUGUCGAUGCGCGAAAUCCUCUUCUGUUCCGCUGUGAGGAUUUGGAGCGGUAUGUGAAAGAGGUGGACAAGAGGAAGAGGAAUCUGCUGUUGGUGAACAAGGCGGAUAUGAUGACGGAGAAACAACGGAAGGUAUGGGCGGAAUACUUCGUUGAGAAGGGAAUCAACUUCCGAUUCUUCUCUGCUGAGCUCGCGAGGGAAAUGAACGAGGCGAGGUAUGAAGACGAGGGCAGUGGAGAGGAAGAGGAUGUGGUGCAUGCGGAUGAUGUGGAGGAGGAGAUUGAUGCUGAUGAUACGGUCAUGGCCAAAGAGGCAGCGAAGGUGGAGCUUCAAGAUCAACAAGAGGAGGACGAGCAAUGGGUUGAUGAGGAGACGUUGGAAGACGAAGACGACGAACCUCCCGAACUAGACGGCGUGCCCAUUUCGCUCGAAGAGCAAACCCGCAUCCUGACAACCGACGACCUCGAAGCCUUGUUUCUCAAGCAUUCCCCCGCCUCACCACCCUCUGAUCCGGAUUCAGAUGAACCUCAACGCAAAACGCAAAUCGGCCUGGUUGGCUACCCGAACGUCGGCAAGUCGAGCACCAUCAACGCUCUUCUCGGCGCCAAACGAGUCAGCGUCAGCGCAACGCCCGGCAAAACGAAACACUUCCAGACCAUUCAUCUGAGCGAGAGGGUGAUAUUGUGCGAUUGCCCAGGUUUGGUCUUCCCUAACUUCGCGUCUACCAAGGCUGAGCUGGUGUGCAACGGCGUGUUGCCGAUAGAUCAGCUUCGUGAGUAUACCGGUCCCGCAGCAUUGGUGGCGCAGCGGAUUCCACAGGCCUUCAUUGAAGCCGUGUACGGCCUGCGGAUUCUCACCCGACCCGUGGACGAAGGUGGCACUGGCAUUCCGACUGGCGAAGAAGUGCUGCGAGCGCUGGCGCGGGCUCGAGGCUACUGGACGCAGGGUGUCGGUGCUCCAGACGAAUCGCGGGCGGCAAGGUUACUCCUCAAGGACUACGUCAAGGGCAAGCUGCUCUUCGUGCACCCGCCGUCGGAGCAAACCACCAAUGCCAAAGAAUUCAAUCGCGAGCUGUACGACCUCGCGCAUCUCCCGCAAAAGAGGCGGGCCCAGCUUGCCGCGUCCGUGGAGGCGGCGUUGAACGAGUCCACCCACCCGAGUCUGACGGAUGAUCCUGAUAUGGUUCCCUUGCCCCUGGUGCAAGGCGCCAAGGGCAAGAACCUGGACACCCAGUUUUUCGCUCCGGGCCAGGGCAAUGGGCGAGUGGUCCAGCCGUUCCACUACAAGUAUUCGGAGCAGGGGAAGCAUCUUUCUGGGCGGAAGCUAAAGACUAUGACGGCGCUGGAGCAGGAUAUAGAUCCUGCGGCGGCGCGAGCGGUGAGCAAGAAGCACCACAAGGGGAACAAGCGAGCGGCGAAGCAGACCAAGCCAGCUGUCGCGCAAGGAGACUACGAUUGAAGUGCGAGAGCGUGAA